AUGCCUCCUCCCAAUAGGUCCCCCAGCUCGCCGAGCCUGCGCGAUCCCCCCAAGCAGGCCUUGGACGAGCUACUUCUCUCUCGACCGUCGAUGUCUCAUCCGAAGCCGUCUACCUACCAUGCCUCCGUUCGCCGCUUCUCCACCCGCCGUCUUCGUCCCUCCGUCGCGUCAAUAGCAGACAUUUUUGUCGGCUCGCUGGUCCUAGCAGGUUUCUGCCAUGAGCACACACCACGACACCGAAGCCUGUCUACAAUGCCAUUGAGAACAUCGGAGACGCAGCUUCAAAGGUUUCGCGGCAAACAUGUGAUUUACGGACGUGGACAAUUGUCUACGGGAAAGCGUUGGGAGUACAUAGGAUCUUCGAUGCAAUCAUCGCGAGCUCGAUCUUGGCUGAGCACUGCUCUACUCCCGGCGGAAGAGCACUGUCAUGCACAUGAUUACCCAAAAUCGACAUUAUCAAAACAAAAAAGGGGGAGCGACGAAGUUACUCGGUCCGGGUCAAGGGAAGCGGCGGGCGAAGCAUCACAUCGACAAACUUGGCCGCAGUUACUGGACUCAUUAGUAGAUCCCGAAAACACGGCUGGCCAUGCGAAGGAUCUGUCUCCAAUUGCAUUUUCCGCCGACUCGGAAUUGCUCACGGCCCCCAAGGGUGAGACGCGCCUUUCGUAUGACGAGAAGAUGCAUCGCAUGAAUUCGAACCUUUAUCGGCGAAUUUUAGGAGACGAUUAUGAGUGGACUGAGCCCAUGGAUGUUGUCUUUCCAAAAGACAAAGUGCAUCCCAAAAGAGAGGUGACUGAGAUUUCGAACGAUGAGAUUGCCCUGCACAGGCUAUCAGUUGCGAGGCUGAUCCAUGUGCUAAACCACGAGAAAUCACCUUCCACCUCAUACCUAUUUCGUCUGUAUAGGGAUAUUCCUGCACCGGGAAUCGCAAAACUACCUCGGAACAUUCGCGGACAACUAUUGAGGGUUUUUGCCAAAGCUCCGAAUCGACGUUGGGCUGAUGCCCGGCGCUAUCUUGCCUUGGUGCAAGACAUGAUAAACUCGGAAAAGAGUAUGUCUCGUUCGAUGUGGACCUCUGCUGUAUAUUUUGCUAGUCGAGGAAGUGGGAGUGGCAGGGUUCUGAAGCGAGACCUUGUGCGUGCGAUUGGCGUCUGGCAGCAGAUGGAACAUGUGGCGGGAAUCGAAGCAGACGACGUGGUGUUCAACAUCCUGUAUGAUGCUGCCAUCAAGGCUAGUCAGUUCACUGUUGCAGACCGACUCGAACAGGAGAUGAAGAGACGCAAACUGGACUUCACUCGCUUUGGGCUGGUUGCCAAGAUCUAUUCCGCUGGUGUGCAAAAAGAUCUGGAUGGCAUUACAGAAAAUUUUCAAAAGUUCGUGAAGGCCGGUGAGCUUGUUGAUACUGUUGUCCUGAACAGUCUGUGCUCUGCCUUUAUUCGAGCAGGCGAUCCCUCCGCGGCGGAACAGCUGUAUGGCCGCAUGAUCGAGGCUCAGAAAGCGAAACUGAGCACGGAUCGGUCACUUACAAAUGAUGCAAACCGGGUGGUUUUUGGGCACUCCCUUUCAUCGGUGUUCUCCAAAUAUCGGACCAACAGCAGGGCAUUUGGCGACUUCCUAAAGCGAUCUCAAGCACUCAAGCGCCAUUCCCCCAAACAUCACCAAGCUCUUCAGGACUCCAUUCCCAUGACUCCAGACACACGCACCUUCUACAUCUUUCUCCGAUAUUACGCACGCCAGAGUGGACAGUUCGAUAAAAUCGUGAUGAUUCUCCGCGACAUGGAAAAUGCUUUCGCGGUGCCUCCCCAUCAGAUCGUCUAUAUGAUGCUGUUCGAGGGGUUCUCUAUACAUGGCCUUCAGAAAAAGGCGUGGUCCGCCGAAAAGCUUCGCCUCGUGUGGCAUGCGUACUUACGGGCUUUGCGUACUUCUAAGGCAAGAUUGGAUGUACAGCAGAGGCACCGAAGUCCACAGAAGAUGGAAUGGGAAAACCCCUUGGCCAAUGCCAUGCAUCUGGAAGAUGAGCUGGACGGGGUAGUGGCCGAUAAAUCGGACGAAUUCUAUAUGCAUCUCCCGUCAGCGAGCAACGACACAGAAACAAACUCCACGCCACUUUCCGAAAAAUCAGAUGAAUUUACUGAGCAUCAUCUGGAUGAUGAAAAUUUCUUUGACAUGGACUCCGAACCCUCUUCGACCCCGCCGUCCGACGACACUUCUGAAGCAGAGUUUGCCGUCGCUCGCAGCGAAACGUCCGUCUCUGAAUUAAGCCAACCUGAUCCCAUCAGUAUCGGCAUGCACCAGCCGGAUGACCUCGACAAGCAUCUUGAGAACGGGGUCUUUGUUGGCCGCAAGAUGAUUGUUGUCAUUUUGCGUGCGUUUGGUGCUUGUUAUGGACCCAAAGAGGUCAUGGAGGCUUGGCUGCAACUGGAACGACUUUGGCACCCUCAUCACCGCAAGGCGGCCGACGUGCUUGCUGUUAAGGAAGAGCUGGACAAGCAGAUGUCGAAGGGUCCUCGUCCAAACUGUAACAUAAUAUAG